AUGUCCGUCCUCAACUUCCAGCAGCCCACCUUUGCCGUCGACGACCUCUUCUCGGUCGCCGGCCGCACCGUCGUCGUCACUGGCGGCGGCACUGGCCUUGGCAGGGCCAUCGCCACUGCGUAUGUCCAGAACGGUGCCAAGGUGUUCAUCUCUGGUCGUCGCAAGGAGGUGCUCGAGGCCACUGCCAAGGAGAUCCUCGCGUCGGCCGGCGCCAAGGGCAGCAUCACGACCAUCCAGGGCGAUGUCGGCACCAAGGCCGGCUGCAAGAAGCUCUUUGACGAUGUGUCGGCCCUCACCACUGUUGUGGACGUGCUCGUCAACUGCGCCGGCGUGAUGCGCACCUACAAGAACCCCACCACUGACGUGGACAACAUCGAGGCUGUGACCAAGAUGCUGUGGGAGGGCCACGAUGACGACGACUUCAACUACACCAACCAGAUCAACAUCAACGGCGUCUACUUCACCACUGUGGCGUUUGUGCCCCUCCUGCUCAAGUCGGACCUGCGCUCCGUCGUCGUCAUUGCGUCCAUUGCCGCCGCCAUCCUGCAGCGCGCCAUGGGUUCCGUUUCGUACGGCGCCUCAAAGGCCGGCACCCUGCACACGGCCAACAUGCUCGCGACCCGUCUCUCGCCCGCCAAGAUCCGCGUCAACACCAUCUCGCCGGGCAUCUUCCCCUCGGAGAUGACGGCUUCGGGCCCUGCCUCGGCCGCCGAGUCGUACAGCCUCGUCGAGCCGUCCGAAAAGGCCGCCCGCCGCUCCCUCAUCGGCCGCUCGGGCUAUCCGCACGAGAUUGUCGGCCCUGUCCUCCUCCUGGGAUCGCGCGCCGGAUCGUACAUGGACGGCGCCAACCUCGUCGUCGACGGCGGCAGGACCAUGGCCGCCGGUGCCAACGACGGUGUCCGUAUCGCCGAGGACCUGUACGUCAACUAG